UCCUCCGCUCGUUCUCCUCUCUUGCGGCGGCCUGCGGGGGAAGAAGAGGAGAGGAAAAGGGGGGAGGAUGAAGGCGUGCGCGAAGGCGGCGGGGGAGAGGCUCCCCCUGGUUCGUCCUCCCACCGGGCGGGCGCUGGCUCGGAGCUUUGUUAAGGUAAGCAGAUUACCCUCUCAACAUGAGACAAGGUCUCAAGUGUCAUGCUCAAUUAGGGUGUCAGAAAAUGCAGCAGACAGAUUUGAGGCCACCGCAGAAAAUAUUUUCCCAGCAACUAAAGACCAUGUUAUGAAAGCAAUUGAUGCAAUCAACAGAGGACAAGUGAUUGCAGUGCCCACUGAUACAAUAUAUGGGUUUGCUUGUGAUGCCUGUUCUGCAGGAGCAGUUAAUCGCAUUUAUGAGAUCAAAGGGCGCGUACAAACACGCCCUCUGGCAAUCUGUGUUGCUGAUGUCUCGGACAUAUCACGAUUUGCUUUAGUGGAUCACUUGCCGCAUGGCUUGCUUGAUAGUCUACUUCCUGGGCCUGUCACUGUUGUUCUCAAACGAGGUGAAAAUAGUAUAUUAGAGAGAUCACUUAAUCCUGGCUUAGAUAGCAUCGGAGUUCGUGUACCGGAUCUGGAUUUCAUACGAUCCAUUGCUCGUGGAGCUGGAAGUGCACUUGCACUUACUAGUGCCAACUUAAGCGGACGGCCUAGUAGUGUCAGUGUCAAAGAUUUCGAGGAUUUGUGGCCACAUUGUUCAUAUGUCUUUGAUGGUGGAAUACUUCCUUCUGGGCGUGCUGGUUCAACAAUUGUUGACCUAAUAACACCAGGAGUCUACAAGAUAUUGAGAGAUGGAAGUUCAAGGGAGGAAACAACAACAGUGCUUGGCAAGUUUGGCUUUGUUGAAGCUUCGUGACAACCCAGUGCUUUAGAGACGUCGUUAGGAUCAAAGAGUUCCUUUCUUAUCCAUUUGUCUCCUGUUUAAUUAGGUGACGUAUCAAAGUAUUUGUUGUUCUUUUGUGCAUUUCUUUUACAUCUUCAAACUCGUUGUAAUGUGAUGUUGAGUAGGAUAGCAGAGUUCACAUUAUUUAAGCUGUGUAGAGUGCCACAUGGAUUUGAUUUGUUAAAAAUGAAGAAACUCAGUUGGGGAAGUUGGAUGUGCUGUGCGG